AUGGUGGACUCUGUUACUGUGGAAGCUGCAGUAACGGCUGGAAGGGGUGGUGAUUCUGAUUACACGCAGCACGCAGCGCUUCUGUCCGACUUACUGUCGGAGCUGCAGCAGCGGCAACUAGCUGUUCAUCACAGUGGGGCCGAUUCUUUUGGGUGGAGAAAGGAGUCUAGCGGCGUUUUCUCGGUGAGUUCGUGUUAUAAGAUUUUUAAAGAGAAACUUUCUAGCCCUCCGCUUGACAAUUUCACGGUUCUAGCUUUAUCUCAACUUUGGAAUAUUAAAGUACCUUCGAAGAUUCUUUUCUUUGGUUGGCGUUGCAUUAUUAAUAAACUUGCAACCAAAGAUCUUUUGGUUAAAAGGGGCAUUUUGAGAGAGGGAAACGAUGCUAGAUGUGUUCUUUGUUUAUCGGAGGAUGAGUCGCACCGGCAUUUGUUCGUUAAUUGUGUUGUGACCAAUCGGAUUUGGAGGAAAGUUUAUGAUUGGGUUGGAGUUUCAACAUCCUUAACUAGAGAGGAAUUUGUGAAUUUUUUCCAUAAUUGUGAUAAGAUUAGGUGUGUCAAUUCUAGAGUCAUCAGGGCGGUGGUGUGGCUUUCAACGGCUUGGAAUAUUUGGUUAUCUAGGAAUGCCGUCGUUUUUAAAAGUGAAAAUUUUAGUUUCCUUCAAUGUUGGUCGGACUUCGGAGAUUGUUGA